UUAAUUGUAUAUCGUUAUCCUUACCACAACGAAGAACGAAGAGGUUCAACACAACGAAUAAUUGAUAUAAAUAAAACUGGUAUUGCUAAUGUAAUUUCUACUAUACGAGAUGUUUCUGUAGUAUUAAGUAUCGGAUUAGAUUCUUUAAGAUAA